GGCGGAUCGAUCCAUCGCACACGCUCCAUACAGAAGGAAGGGAUGGAGGGGGAGAUGCAGCCCGCCGACGAAGGCCCCUCCGCCGCCAAGACGCGACGCGGUGUCCCCACCUGGAGCCUCCGCUGCAAGCUUCCGGAGGAACCGUCGCGCCUCGACCGCUCCGCCGUGAUGGAGCCUCCGCUCUUCUGUGACGCCCGUCAGUUCAUCUUCCAUCCCGGGCAGCCUCUCCCUUUCCAGGCGCAGCACUACCGCCGCCAGAGGUUCCCCGGCGAGGCCAGGCCCAGCUGCGGGGUCCCGACAUCCACCUCGGCGGCAGCGGGCGGCGUCGCUCUGGGUGCCCCGCAGAAGCGCGCCGUCAGCGGCGUAGCCGAGUGCAGGUUGUCCCCUGGACGUCUGAAGCAGGAAUCUCCAGACUGCACGUUUGGUAUCAGCUCAGAGAACCGUCUCAUCUUGGACGCCUUCGCCAAGGAAUGCAGUCGAGUCCUCAGCCUCCUCAACAACGGGCGGCUGCUGCAACCCUCGCCGUCGUCCGCGUCCUCGGCCAACAUCAAGCUGGAGGACGUGUCCGUGGGCCGCCGUUGCAAGUCCAAGCCUGAGGAGCGCUCCUCCGCCUCCUCCUCUUCCUCCUCUCCCUCCACCGAGCCAGAAGACGAGGCCCAGCAAAGCCAACAGACCGCCGUCCUCAGCAUCUUCACAGACUCGCUGCACAACUAUCUGCUCUCGGGGCAGCAACAGCAAGCCCGUCUGGUUGUGGUCCAGGACGAGGACCAGCAGUGCCACUCUGCGGAGCCCGUCUCUCCCUCCAGACGCGCCCUGGGCGGGUGGGGCGGCUCGCCGACGCCCUCCGACUCGUACGGACACCCUUCGUCCACGCUGCCCGAGGAGGACGAGGAGGAGGAGGAGGAGAGCUGCUGCCCGCGUUGUCUGGAGCUGGAGCAGGAGGUGCUGUCGCUGCAGCAGGAGAACGAGGAGCUUCGCAACAAGCUGGAGAAUGUCCCAGUUCCCUGUCAAGACGUCCUCGACUACUUCAAGAAUGUUCUGGACUUUCACAACCAGCUCGUGCCGCCGAUACCAGAAGAGGCGCUCACAGAGGAAGAAGAACAGCAGACAGUGUUUGAGGGAAGCAAGCAGCUGCUGGAGAACUACCCGCUCUUCAUCAGCAGCAAGCAGUGGGACGAGGCCGUCAACUCUUCCAAGAAGGACGGCAGGCGGCUGCUGCGCUACUUGAUCCGCUACGUCUUCACCACCGACGAGCUCAAGUUCUCCUGCGGCCUGGGCAAGAGGAAGCGCUCGGUCCACCUGAGGGAGUCGGGCCAGGAGAGGCGGCCGCUCAACCCCGUCAAAGUCAGCUGCCUCAGAGAGUUCAUCCGGAUGCACUGCGCCUCCAACCCAGACUGGUGGAUGCCCUCGGAGGAGCAGAUCAACAAAGUUUUCAGCGACGCCGUCGGACACGCUCGGCAGGGCCGCGCCGUGGGCACCUUCCUGGGCGGCGGCGGCGGCAUCUACAUGGACAGCUUCGACGGACAGCUGUCGCAGGACGAGCUGUAUUUAAAAGGCUGUCACAACGGCCAGCUGGACUGAAGUCUUCUAUAAAGUUCAAGUUAAAGUACCACUGAUAGUCACACACACACACACACUAGGUGUGGUGAAAUUAUUCUCUGCAUUUGACCCAUCGCCUUGUUCCACCCCCUGGGAGGUGAGGGGAGCAGUGAGCAGCAGCGGUGGCCGUGCCCUGGAAUCAUUUUUGGUGAUUUAACCCCCAAUUCCAACCCUUGAUGCUGAGUGCCAAGCAGGGAGGUAAUGGGUCCCAUUUUUAUAGUCUUUGGUAUGACUCGUAAAAACCGCAUACCUGCUCCACUUACACCAAGACUGGGCGACCUUUUUCCAGUGUGUGAACAAAAUGCUCUUUCCAACAAUUCUCUGGGGUUUUCUUUGUAGAAUUGCAUGGCGGGUCAAGAGCAGUGGACCCUUGUGCCGCAGAGGUCAAACAUUCCAACUGAGGUUAUCUAUCCGCCUCGUUUUGUCAAUUUUGUAGCUGAAAAUCACUGGGGAAAAAAAAUCUUCAAAACCAGGUUAGACUCUUAAAGGGAUUUUGCGCCACGUUUAAGUCUUCCGUUGUUUUACUUCAUUUAGGACUAUUUUACACAUUUCUGCUUCAUCAAGCCUUUCCAUUACACAUUUUGGGUUUUUUCUCCAACAAGUAAUGUUUUCAGCACCUUUUAAAUGAGAAGUACCGUAUUUUUCGGACUAUAAGUCACAGUUUUUUUUCAUAGUUUGGCCGGGGGUGCGACUUAUACUCAGGAGCGACUUAUGCGUGUAAUUAUUAACACAUUAGCGUAAAAUAUCAAAUAAUAUUGUUUAUCUCAUUCACGUAAGAGACUAGACGUAUAAGAUUUCAUGGGAUUUAGCGAUUAGGAGUGACAGAUUGUUUGGUAAACGUAUAGCAUGUUCUAUAUGUUAUAGUUAUUUGAAUGACUCUAACCAUAAUAUGUUACGUUAACAUACCAGGCACGUUCUCAGUUGGUUAUUUAUGCCUCAUAUAACGUACACUUAUUCAGCCUGUUGUUCACUAUUCUUUAUUUAUUUUAAAUUGCCUUUCAAAUGUCUAUUCUUGGUGUUGGCUUUUAUCAAAUACAUUUCCCCAAAAAAUGCGACUUAUACUCCAGUGCGACUUACUGUAUAAAUGUUUUUUCCCUUCUUUAUUAUGCAUUUUCGGCCGGAGCGACUUAUGCUCCGAAAAAUACGGUAUUUUUUGGUCACCUGUGCACUUUUGCAUAACUCAUAUGUCCUGUUUUUUGUCAGGUGACGCGUCCUCUUUGGCCCACUUUGGCUCCAAAGAGUGACGAGCUGGCUGCUGUGCUGUCUGGUGCAGUUUCAACCAAAGCUUUUUGACAUCCUGCAGAAGGUCAACGAUGUCUCCUAAAUUUGUUUUAGGUAUUUCAUUCUUUUUUUCCCCUAUCGGGCUGCCGCCAUUCAACAAUGCCUUAAAUUCGACCUAAUCAGCAUUAUUCUAUGUAGGUUAUCACAACUGUAGCACAGCACAGCAUCUUGAUGUGCACUUUCCUCCUAUUACAAAAACCCAAAACCAGUGAAGUUGGCACGUUGUUUAAUUCGUAGAUAAAAACAGAAUACACUGAUUUGCAAAUCCUUUUCAACUUAUAUUCAAUUGAAUAGACUGCAAAGACAAGAUAUUUAA